AUGUGGUCUCUGCAGGCGCUGAAGCUGGGCUGCCUGCUCGCGCUGGCCGCGCUGCCGCUGCUCUGCGGCCUCCUCCCGGCGCUGCUGUUCCGCUUGCGCGGGGCCGCGGCCAACGGCGCCUCUCGGAGCAGGCGAAGCAUCCUCAGCUGCGCGGCGGGCGGAGUCUUUAUGGCCGCCUGCUUGCUGGACGUGAUGCCCGAUUCGCUGGCCGAUCUUCGGGACGAACUCCGUCGGCAGAGCCUCUCGACGGCCUUCCCCGAGCCCGAACUGGUCCUGGCGCUGGGCUUCCUGCUGGUGCUGGUGCUGGAGCACGUGAUGCUGGACUGCAGCGAGCGGCCGGGGGCCGAGGCCACGCCAGUCCUUGAGCGCCGCCAAGAAGCCGCCGUCGGGGAGCAGCGGGCCGAGGCCGCGCCGUCGCCCUUCCGUUCGCUGGUGCUGGUCGUCUCGCUGUCGCUGCAUUCGGCCUUCGAGGGGCUGGCGCUGGGGCUGCAGGACACGCCGAGUAAGGUGCUCCGGCUGGCGGCCGCGAUCGUCCUCCAUAAGUGCAUCAUUGCGGCCAGCCUGGGCCUGUUGCUGCUCCAGAGCCGCCUGGCCUUGCCCUGGCUGGCGGCCGCCGUGGCCUGCUUCGCGCUCAUGUCUCCGGUGGGCAUGGGGGUGGGCAUGGCCAUGCCCUGCGGUGCCGGUCCCGGAGGGUCCCUGGCGCGGAGCGUCCUGGAGGGGGUGGCGGCCGGAACCUUCCUGUACAUCACCUUCCUGGAGAUCCUGCCCCAGGAGCUGCAUCUUCCCUCGGGCCGCUUGCCCAAAGUCCUCGCUCUGCUCCUGGGCUUCUCCGGGAUGGCAGGGCUGCGCUUCCUUGGCUGAGCUGUGCCCGCCCCCCCUGGACGGUGGCGCCUGAGCAAAGGCAGGCUGUUCCUAGGACACCUCGGGAGCCUUCAAUGGUUUUAUUAAAUAGGUUUGUAUUUGUCGAGAACAG